UGUCAAGCGGUUUUCGAGAAUUGUGGGAUAGAUCACGUGACAUGCUGAUCGAAAAAAAAAAAGAGGAUGAUCUUUCUCCAACUAGUCAACAUACUUUCAAAACAUCGAUAACGUAACCAAUGGACUUACAUGUACAUUAAAAGAAAGUAAUAAAUGGUAAACAGAACAGUUAAAAGAGAAAUAUUAAUUAAAGGAUGAGUUUGUAGAAAUGGAAAUAAACAGCCCAACAAUUCAGCAGGAGACUUCAGUAAAUCGUUCCCCAAUACUAGACUGUGAAAUGGCUGAAGAAACCAUGUCUGACCAGCAUACAACAGACUUGGUAGGAAACAGCCAUUCCAUUACUGAUUCUGGGAACUCUGAAAGUACAGAGAAACCAGAUGAUACAACACAACCAGAUGAAACAAACAUAGAGGCUUUGCCAUCAACUUCUGUAGACAAAAUAGAAAAGGACUUGGAGGUUGGUAAUGGUAUGGAGUGUCUUGAUGAAUUAGAUGGAUCUUCUAGACCUACCAAUAAUGGAGGUGAUCCUGAGAUGGAGGUUGUUACUGAUAUGGAGUUUCAGGAUGGAUCUGCUGUACCUGUUACAGAUGACACAACCAUUAAAGAAAGUAAUCCUGUCAAUGCUGAGGACAAUGAGAUUGGUGGAACAGUAGCACAAGAAAGUCCCUUAUCACAGAGAGAUAUUCAAGACAAGAAUGAGAUGAACUUAAGUGAAAAAUCCUCAUCAAUGGAAGUUACAAGGGGAAUUAAUAGUCCUGUGCAGGAAGAUAAUCAGGAACUGGUUGGAGAUGAUUGUGCUGAUGAGGUUCCCAUGAAUGAGCAAGCACAUGUAACAACUGAUGUCUCUGAUUCCAGACAAAUAGCUGAUUCUACUAAUUUUGAUAGAGCAAAUGAUAUAAAUGACUCUGAAGAGAGUUUUCAAAGCAGUGAGGAUACACCAAAUGCCUACACAAGUUGCAGUCCAAAUAAUGUCAGUCUACCCAAUGUGGAGGAAAAGCAAAUUUCCGAUCAGACAGUUUCGAGCUCAGAUAAUCAAAAUGAGGAAGAACCAAACAUUAAAUCAAAACAAAAUGAGAAUAUUUGGGACAAACUCCAAGAAACAGGUCAGUUUAAUAGUAGCUUUGAAACUCCUUCCAUGGAAGAUAACUCAUGUACACAGAAAAAUUUGGAGAAUCUGCCAAAAACAAAUGAGUCACAACAAGCAGUGAACCCAGCAAGUUCUGAGUUCAAGAUGUCUGACUCAGAAAGGGGGACAACUACAGAUGAUGAUGUUAUGGACUUCUCUAUAGGAAUCCAAGGAGAUAUCAAUGAGGAUUGCAGGGAACAUGAAGUUACAGGAGAUCAAAGUUCUCAAAAGCAAGAUGUUGAUGAUGAUCAGCUUAUGGAACCUGACUCGCAGGACCCCCAUUCUGAACCAGCCUCUCAGGGAACUCAUUCUAAACAGGACAUCACUGCUGAACCUUCCAGUAGCAACUUUUUACAAAAAAUCUCAAAUGUUAUCAGGAAAAUUGAUUCUUCAAAAUCUAUUACAGCUCAAAAGAAAGACAGAGAUAAUAUUUUUUCUGUGCUGAGAGCAGAAAUUACACAUGAGAAUACCUCAAAUUCUGAAAAAGAUGCUACUCUUAUCCAGGAAACUGAUCAUAGAAUAAAUGUAACUUAUAAGGAGAAAAUUUUAGACAUGGAUGAACAAAAUCAGAUUGAUAAGGAAAUGCCUAAGACAUCAGAAGAAAUUCAAGCUGUGGAAGUUCAGUAUAGUGAGACAUCUUUGAAUAAAACCACUGGUAUUCCACUUGAAGAAAGUUCAGAUGGUAAAGUAACAACAGAAAUUAAUGCUAAAAAUCCAGAUCUACACAGCAAUGAAAAUGAACCUGAUCAUAGCAAAAGUCCAACACCAGGUCUUCAGUCAUCCUCUUCAGUUAGUAGCCAAGUAACAGUUGACAUGACAAACAAAACCAAUGAGCCAGAAAUUGUUUCACCACUUAGGACUGAGGGUGAAAGGUCAUUUAUGCAGGCUUUAAUACCAGCAAGUCAGUCAGAUACAACUACAAUUUUACCAACAAGUGCAAUUAAAACAGAAAACAGUUUUAGUUUGGGACCAAUGGAAGAAUCUGGGGAUAUUUUAGAUAUUUUAGCUUCAACAAACUCUGAAACAUUGACUACAAAUGCUAGUCCAACUGAUAAAAGUAAUACACCAACUUCAACAGUUUCUACAUCUGGAACAUUCCAUCCUCCUGCAGGAAUCAGAAUAAAACAGGAACCAGUUGAUACUUAUAACAAUAAAUCCAGUAUGAUGGCCAGCCCAAUGCCCCCUGCAAUUUCAACAUCAAAUAGUCUUGAACAUUUGUCCAGACAAGUUGAUAAUCUUGUAAGGCCAAGAAUACACAAUAUAGCUAGAAAAAGCACAACAGGGAGACCACAUUCAAACAGAAGACCAAAGCCUACACCACCUGUAGAUAUGAGCUGUAAUUCCUAUCCCAAUAAUAAUGUGUCCAUAACUCCUCUACAGAUACAACCAAGCAUGCUGCCAAGAAGUAAUGUAACCAAUGUUAUACAGGCAGGACCUAGGGUAGUGCUGCAGCCACAGGCACCACCCACAAUUGUUGUGUCAUCUUCUAGUUUGUUAUAUCCUGUACCCAGUGUACAAGUUGUACAUUCUAGACAAGGACAACCUGUUCAAUCUAAACCAGGGCCUGUAGCUACCCCGGUGCAAACUUUAACCGUAGUGUCUAACGGAAAGACGUUAAAUGUUCCAGCGUCUUCAGUGUUUACAGUAACCAAAGUAGGUCCAUCAACAAGUACUUCCAAAGCUACCUCACAACAGUUGCCAUUAUCUAAAAGUACAAUCAAUAUCGACACAGUUGGGUUAAGUGCCAUAACAGAAUUGAUAGCCAGGAAAAACCCAAUACCUAAUUAUAAACCACCACCAGUACCAGAUAAUUUAAAAUCCAUUAUUGCAGAAGAAAAAUGCAAAAAUAUUUGCUAUGAAUGUGGUGAUACAUUCUUAUUCGAGUCUAGUUUGAAAGUUCAUAGGUCAAGGACAAGUAUGUCUUUAAGCUACAGAUGUGAAGAAUGUAAAUCAACAAAGAUCUUCUUCAACAAAUGUCAGUUUUUAGGGCAUUUGAGAAAUCAUUUAAAUAUUGACAAGUCACAAGCUGUCCCAAUUCAUAUAAAGUCGGACUCAAUUUCCAUAACAACAUUGGACCAUGGUUCAAACAUGAACUACUUGUUUAAAUGGCUUGAUGACAUAGAUACAAAACCAGAGUCACUUCCAACAAGACCAAAGGUGAAUCCGUCAGUUGUCAAACCAAAAGAAGUACAGAAAAAAACAGUACUUGUUCAUUGUCCUUCAAAAGACCAGUCACCGUCAAAACCAGUAAAAAGUACUACGAUCAAGAAGGAAGAAGGGUUUCAUAGAUGCCAUGAGUGUGGAGGUAUUUAUAAACAAGUCUAUAAACAUUUUGGCUACGAUAACGAGGAAAUGGGUACACAGUACUCGUGCACUACAUGUAAGAAACUACAUACAACUAUUUGUUCGGCAAGAGCACAUAAGCGUAUCCAUGAUGACAAGGAACCAUAUAUUUGUCCAGAAUGUGGCAAAAGUUUCUCAACAUUGUACGUUGACGACAAGAUGUCUAAUCCUAAAGAAUCCUUUGCCUAUCAUGUGUAUUACACCUGUUUCCACACCAGUCGUAUGAGGAAAAUAAAAUGUACAAAAUGUGAGAAUGAUGUAAUAUGUACUUCUCUCCAGGAUUAUCAGUUACAUCUAUCAGAGAAGUUAGAACAGUAUUACAAAUGUCAGCAUUGUCCCAUGGCUUUCAAACUACCACAAUCAUUUCAGAAACAUUUAGCAACACAUGAGAAUUUAGGCACUAAAAGAAGCUACAAGGUGAUUUAUCGAUGUCAUUUGUGUGAUUCAGUGAUGGAUGAUAAAUCUGUGUUGGAUAUACACAUAACAAAACAUGUCAACGAGGCAAAAAUGAAAAGUAUUGUGGAGUACCGUUGUAGAUUUUGCAAGGAAUGGUUCAAAACACGCACAGAAAUAAAAGUACACACAAGAAACAAACAUGGCAGCAUAGUUGACAAGCCAAAUAGUGGCCCCAAUAAGAUGUACACUUGUAAAUGUCAAGAUUGUGGAAAAUAUUUCGAACAUCUUUCUGAAAUUCUGAAGCAUGAGCUGUUGAUGCAUUCUGUUAAGGCAUCAGAACAACAGAUGACAAACUACAAAUGUCGCACAUGUGGACUCAUUAUUUUCUAUGGUAAUGGUGGAAAUAAAACACAUUACUGUAUCAACCCAGAUCCAACCAAGGCAGCAACCAUUAAACACUUUGAAGCAAUGAAAGACAAAAGGCUGAUGAAGAAAGGUAAUAUUCAGUCUGAGGUAGAGGAAGAUAGUGGUCCAUUUAUAUGUUCAUUAUGUUCUAAAGAAGAGACAUCUCGUAAAUCUUUACAAGGUCACUUGUUAUAUCAUCAGACCAAAGGAGAUUUGGUCUGUUACAUGUGUCAGCGUCAGGAGUUCUCUACCUUAGCAGCUGUACAUGAACAUCAAAGAGUAUGCCCACAGAAGGUUGAAAAACAAAUUGAUGUAAAGGAUACAAAAAAGAAAAGAGUGAGAAAGAAGAAACAAGUACUUCCCUGUAUAGAGUAUCCAUGUGAUGUCUGUGGCUUUUCUUGCUUCAACAAAACAGAUCUUGCUAAACACCACAAAGAACAUCACAGCGAUACAGGAAUCUAUCCCUGUCAUUUAUGUAGCUCAACAUACCAGUCACAGGAAAUGUUGAGAAAACAUAUAAUGGUGACCCAUGAAGGGAGGAAAGUACAACUAUCAUGCCAUGUCUGUAAAAAACGGGGAAUCAAGAAGAUGUUUUACUCUAAAGAAAAACUUGAAAAGCAUUUAUCCAUGAAACAUAAAAAUUCUCGACACAAAACCCCAGACUCUGACACUAUGGUAAAAGAUACUGAUUUAAUUGACACUGUUUCAGAAUCAGAUGCAGCAAAUGAAUCUGUCAAACGAAAGCAUGGUGAACUGGACAAUUCUGGUCCAUUCAAAAAGUUACGGGUGGAUGGUGAAGCUCUGUUCACAUGUGCAAAAUGUUCAUUCACCAGCAAUGAAAGAACAAGCUUCGUAACUCAUUUAACAGAACAUAAAUUGGAGAAUUCUGUUCAGUGUUUAGAAUGUGGGCUAAAUUUUGCUGUAAUGCCUUCUUUAAACAAACAUUUGUUUAUGGUGCACAAAAUCAGAGAUUUUGAAAAGUAUUGUAAAGAGAAUGAUAUUUCUGAAUUACCUGAUGCGUUGAUGGAUGACAGUGAAAUCAGAAAAGGUCUUAUAAGUGAAAGUGAAAGUGAUGAAGUGGAUGUGGAAGAGAAUGCAGAACCCCUCAAUCCACUGGAGUGUAGAGUAUGUUCUAAAGUAUUUGAUAAUGAGGCUGCCGUCAAAUCACAUUUACGAACUCAUGGUAUGGCUUUUAUCAGGAACAGACGUGCCAAGGCUAACUCACAAAGUAAAGAUACUGUCAAUGGAGGAGAGGAUACUAGCUUAAGUGACAGUAGCUCUAAGAAUUGAUGUCAUCAGAUUUCAACAUUUUUAAUAGGCUGAUAGAUGUCUACAUACUCACCCUUUGUCAAUCUAAGGGGUAUAUUGUUGAUUCAUUGACAAUUAUAUAGGCAUCACCUUUUUUUAAUAUUAAGAUUUCAUAUUACAGCUUGUUUCCUUUUAAUCUAUUAUAUUUAGAUUUUUUCAUAUGAAAUGAAGUAUAGGUAAAUAUGUUAGUGUAUAUAUAUAAUUAUUAUUAUUGAACUAUUUUUUUUUGUAAAAAGGUUUUAAAAUCUAAAAAAAAAGGACAAAAUAUUUGAUACCAAUCAUUCAAGUAUUAGUAUUAAUUUUUGAAUAAUUCCUGAACUAUCUGUAUUUUUUUAACUUAUCUGAUACAUUUAAUUAUAUAUUAUUAUUUGACAAUAAACUUUAUAUCCCUAAAGUAAACCAUUUUGCUUCAUCAUUUGUAAGUUCAAACCCUGAAAAUUAACAAGUUUAAAGAUUGGAAAAAAAAGUUUUAUCAUGUUAAAUUUGAGAUUUAUUUAUUAUUCUUUAGUCCAAUGAAUUAUUUGUCCACAGAAAGGUUUUAACUGUCUUCUGAACUUGAUUAAAUUCAAUAAUGUGUUAGUUGUCUAUUGUUUUGAACAAUAUCAAUUAUUUUGAUUGAUUUUGUUUUAUCUGAACUAAGAAAUCUUUGUUUAUUAUACCUGCUAUAAACAGAUAUACCAGCUGAUCAAAAGAUUUUGUCAUCUUUUUGUUACCAUAAUAUUUGCCAUAAUGUUUUUACCAAAGAUUAACUUAUGUCAUGCUUGCAAAUGGUAAAUUCAGAGUUCUCUCUGUAUAAUGUAAAUUCAGAAACUAUUGUGUACAUUAAUUAUUGUGAUUUGUAAAGAAUGGACAAAACAAUAGAUUUAAUAUUGCGAUUUUUGUAAAUGCUACAUACAUGUAAUUCAUCAAAAUUUUAAAGUGCUUUUUUUUUGGUGGCCACAAACUAUUCUGAUGCAGCUUUUGCAGUUAUAUAAACUGUUUAAAAAUGUUACGGUAUGCUGCAAAACUUCUAGAAACAUUUCUUUUGGAUUUUUGCAGUCAAACUGCAAUAAUCAUAGAUGUAAUGUGAGUUUUAUAUUGAGACAUGGUUAAUACUUAAGGUAGCAUAUUUUAUGAGUUCUACCAAAAAAUGAUGAAUUGAUUCUAAUAAUUUAUCAAAUACAGUUAUAAUUCCAGUUCUUAAAUGUUUUAUAACUAGGGUACUGUGGAUUUCAUUUAUUUUUGUGGGUACCAUUUUUUAUGAAAUAUUAAUUUUUGUUUUUGCCAAAGUCUGCUUGUAAGCAUUUACAAAACUUGCACUUCAUUCUUUCAACGUUUGAAUUUUUGGUUCAAUGUGUAUUCUGAAAAUAAAAUUGGAAUGUUUUUAAGCAAUAUUUUUGGUAAAUAAAAAGACAAAAAUGGGAUGUCAUUUUAGUUCAUUUAUUCAUUAAUAAUUUAAGUUAUCUCUCCUUAUAAAUUUUUGUCUAUUUAUUAUGAUUUUUUUUGUUCAAUUUUGUAAAUGAAUUUUUGCUAUAGAUAAACAAGUGUUACAAAUGAGUUAUAUAUCUAGAUCUAAAUAUACAGAUAUCAGAGAAAAAUUCUGCCUAUCGAUUGCAUUUCUAAGAUUUGAAUAAAACUUCUAUGCUUCUAUCGAA